UGUUACCGAUGGGCUGACGCGGAAAUCCGAAUGACUAGCUGGUGAGAAGGCGGCAUGGAAAUUUCUGAAAAUGACAAUCUACAUAUCUUUAUAAUAAACGUGUCAUAAUUUCAGACACUAGAUGUUGAUUCAGGGCAUCUUAACUGGGUGAAGACAACCUAGAAAAACAGUGUUUUCUUAUUGGACAACCUUUGAGCUAGACAAGAAAGCAUGUUACACUCAUAUAGUAUUUUUCGCUUGAGUUGUAUUAUUUUGUUUCUACCACUUGGAUCUGUGUAUACAAAGGACUUUAACGCAUUAUGCUCAACAUGCAGACAAUUAGUCGACAAUUUUGACAAGGGUCUGGAAAAAACAGCGAAGCAAAAUUUUGGUGGUGGAAACACAGAAUGGGAAGAGCGAAAACUCUCCAAAUAUGAAUUGAGUGAGAUUAGGUUGACGGAAAUAUUGGAGGGCUUGUGUGACAGCAGCAGUUUUGAGUGCAACCACAUGUUGGAAGAAAAUGAGGAACACUUUGAGACGUGGUGGUUCAAGAGGAAAACUAAACACCCUGAUCUGUUCAAGUGGUUUUGUAUAGAGACCAUCAAAGUAUGCUGCCCAAAAGGCUUAUUUGGUCCUGACUGCAACACUUGCAUUGGAGGAGCUGACAAACCAUGCCAUGGUAAUGGCAAAUGUGAUGGAGAUGGAACAAGGGCUGGAAAUGGGAAGUGCAGUUGUGAUAAGGGAUAUGAAGGGGAGUUUUGUCUGGACUGCAGUGAUGGUUAUUUUAGUGCACUGAGGAAUGAUACACUCUCCUUGUGCAAAGAGUGUCAUGAGUCUUGUGUUGGCUGCACUGGAGGAACCAAUCAGGAUUGUAAAGAAUGUAGGAAUGGCUGGGAGAAAGACCAAGAAGGAGCAUGCAUUGACAUCAAUGAAUGCACCAAAGAUCCAGCUCCAUGCAAAGAUAACCAAUACUGCCUAAACACGGAAGGAUCUUUCUCCUGUAAAGAAUGCGAUACCAACUGCUCUGGUUGCAAAGGACCUGGUGCCAAUAACUGCCUCACCUGUGCUGAUGGCUAUAAGGAUGAAGAAGGUACCUGCACAGAAGAGAAUAAGGAAGUGGCUGCCUUUGAUUCUGAAGGUUCCCAAACUGGUGACUCACCCGAAAAACAUGAGGACCUCUGAAGUCAUAUGGCUUGAAUGCAGAAAACAGCCUCCAGGACACAAUAUUUGCCUAGGGACCACUGCAUUGUCUAAAUACUGUUUGUUCUUCUGGAAUAAUCAAGAGUGAAAGGCACUUACAGUAAAUAUUUAAGAAACAGCACGUUUUAAUUUGUGGAACAUGUUUUUGCAGUAGACGCAGUCAACACCACUUUCUCAGUGAGCAAGAUUUACUUGGGAUACAUUCACAGCUUUUUUUUUUUUUUUACUUAUGUGCCCCC